AUGCCAUGGUACUGCUGCAGCGUGCUAAGCCACUAAAAAUGAUACAGCUCUACUUCACAGUACUGUUUUGCCUGCUGUCAUCGGCACUGUGCGCCGACUGGAGUGCCAGCUGUCCGCUCAACUGCAGCUGCAAAUGGUCGAACGGCAAGAAGUCGGCCAUCUGCAAUGGUGCCGACUUUACCGCAGUACCAUCGAACCUCUCGACCGAGAUACAGGUGCUGGUGCUGAACGACAACAACAUACCGUACCUAAACCGGGAAGAGUUUACCUCGCUCGGGCUGGUAAAUCUGCAGAAGAUACAUCUGAAGCACUCGCACGUGAAGUACCUUCACCGGGAGGCGUUCAAAAAUCUGAAGAUACUGGUCGAGGUCGAUCUUAGCGAGAACGAGAUCGAAACGCUCGACAAGCAAACGUUUGCCGGCAACAAUCGAUUGCGCAUCAUCAACCUGUACGAUAAUCCGAUCAAAAUGCUGGUGGCGGAACAGUUCCCGGUGUUGCCGUACCUGCGCAACAUCGAUCUGCACGGCUGCCAGUUGCGGUACGUGGCGGAGACCGCCUUUUCCAACCUGGACUUGCUCGAGUUUCUGGACCUAUCGAAGAACCGGCUCGAAAGCUUACCGCACCACGUGUUCAACCACAUGAAGAAUCUCAAGACGCUGAUAUUGGAGGAGAACUGGUGGAACUGUGACUGCCAUCUGCGGGACUUCCGUAACUGGUACCUGAACAGUUCUCUCAACCGGCGCAGCCUAAUCUGCCAGCGACCGUUUGCGCUGAAGGGCCUCUCGUGGGAGUAUCUCGAGACGGAACAGUUCGGCUGCAUGCCGAUGGUGGAGAUCUUCCGCGACGAGUACGAGAUCGAGGAUCUUGGCACGAACAUCACGUACAAGUGUAUGGUGUCGGGCGAUCCGGAACCGAACGUCCGGUGGGACGUGAAUGGGAAGGAUGUCGAUCAAGACAAUGCGAUCAUCGAGACGGAGCGGCACGUUGCGUUCGAUGGUAGCGUGACGAUCUGGAGCAACCUGACGAUCCUAAACGUGACGAACAACGAUUCUGGCUUUUACACCUGUACCGCACUGAACCGGAUCGGGUUGGCAAGCAAAAACUUUAGCCUCGUCCUGCCGGAGGUGGUGGAGCGCGUUAUCAUAAAGACGCCGGAAACGUUCUGGUACUUCGGGCUGAUACUGGGCAUCUUCGGUACAAUCUUCGGACUGCUGUCGCUGUCGGUGGUGGUGUGUUUGGUGAAGCGGAAGCUACGGAUGCGCCGCCGGCGGAAAACGAUCAAGAACAGUGUGAGCUUCAACGAUCAGGAAAAGAAGCUGCUAGACCUCAGCAUUACCACCAACGAGCGGCAGGAGUUUAGUGCGAGCGAUGUGGUGACGCCCUCCACCAAAACUGAUUCGACGAUUGCGAUGGAACCGGUGCAGAUAACAAUCGAGUCGAUAGCGACGUCGAAGCGUGAGGAGUACCCACUGAAUGUCGGUGUGUUUCCGCCGCCACCGGAGUUCUGCACCCAGAUGAUAUCGAACCCGACGAUCAGCAACAUCUACAUCUCCGUCUCGGUAACGCAGGAUCCGCUCGAGGGUGCGGAAGUGAACAUGUACCCCGACCUGCUCAACAUUCCCAACCGGCAUCAGAAGGGUCCACCAAAGAUUUCGCCCGUUAGCGUGACGUCCUACGCGACUUUACCACGCAAAACGGCUACGGUUGGUGGUGGGCCACGCUGCUCCAUUACGUCCGGUCACAGUUCUGGUUCGAGCUCGAGCGGUACCACCGCCCAGCUGCUGUCGGGCGGUAAACCAAGCGGAGGUGUCGGUGCACCACCGUCGACCGGUUCGCCACUGUCCUGUACGCCCAGCCUGCUCGCGACGGAAAUCCCACUCACGGAAGGCAUUGUCAAUUAUGCGACCACCUCCCUGCGCGAUGACUCCGGGUGCGAGAUGUCUGCGUCGCCGGUGCCGUCCAUGUGUGCCGAAUGCAGCAAGGUGAUGAAAGCGACCAGUACGUCCACGUUCGCCGGUCCCGCCACGUCCAAGUAUGGUGGCGCAUCGUCCCGCACACUGUCGGGCGUUGGUGGCGAUCUCGCGACGAUGGCUGGUAGCAUCAAGUGUGAGAAACCGCUCGCCUGUCUCAAGUACGACAAUAUGGGCCGCCGGUACACGGCCAGCGGCAACUCGACGCUCUCGCUGCCGGACGAGCUGAAGUCAGCGGCCGGCCCGCCGGCGGGCGUCGGCACGUUCGUCAUCAAACAGCAGGAAAUCGAAACCAUUGUCGAGCAGGACGAUCAUCCCGCGAUGGAUGAUGGUGGCCGGCUGGAGGAACAGUUAGAAUCGUCCGCUUCCUCCGUGUCGGGUGUGCCGGGCGGGAUGAUAGGAGCGGCAGCAUUAACAGGACCACUAACCGACACCCAUGACGGGGGGCAGGAAACAUCUGGAGCAACCCAGCGGGGUCUAUUCGUCGUGGGUAAUGAUUUUGUUUCGCUGUAGUCGUCGUCGAUACCCCCGGCAAAGCCAACCCUAUCAAGUGUCGGUAUCCCGUCGGCGACCGUAGGCAGGGAUCACCGGACCGAGCAACCAAUCCAAACCAUCGAACUUAAAUUGUACAAACGUAUUUAUCCAUCUUCCUUCCUACCACCUCGCUAUCCGGACCCGACUAGCACGUACACAGAAACUCACCUUUAUUAGCUGAUU